CUCAUCGAGGGCCUUACGUAUCUUCACGAAAAUCUCUUCGCGCACAGAGACAUCAAGCCCGCCAACCUUCUUGUCGACCGAUAUUUCUGCUUGAAAAUCAUCGACUUCGACGUCGCGGUUCGUCUACGUUAUGAAGGGGAGAAGGUGACCGGCUAUUGCGGGACGGCGGGCUGGAUUGCCCCCGAGGUCGAGAAGGGGUUGGAGUACGAUCCUAUCAAGGCUGACUGCUGGUCAUGUGGAUGUGUUAUC